ACAUUCCUGUAAUGGCGUCGCUCGGGGUCCCGGGAAAUUGCUCCGUGGGCUUUCAGCGGCGGUUUUUAUCGCCGGCCGGGGUGUGCCUGGCUGCGGCUCGCCUCUCCUCCGGGACCGUAAAGCUGCUGCCGUGAUUUAUCCUCCCCUUCUCCCAAAUCCGAUUAAAUGGAGGAGCUCGGGGCCGGGGCGCCGCGGGGCCCGGGAGCCGGGAGGGGGCGGCGGGAAGGACGGGGCCAAGGAGGGGAGGACAAACGGCCCCUCAGAGGGUGGCGGAUUUGGCUUUAUUUACAGCCGCGGCUUUCUUUUUAUUUUUUAUUUUUUAUGGGGGUUUGGUGAGCUUUCCCCGUCUUUCUCGUGCUGCGUUCAAGCACGAUGUCUGGACGGCCGGGGUUGGGCAUGGGGGGAAAUGGGUAGGCCUUGCUGAUCUCCCCCCAAAGGGGCCGGUCAGACCCUGUCGGGGAGACAGGAAAACCCAGAAGAGGUGAGGGCCGGGAAGCCCAUACUUCCUACCAUCGGGGAAAGGACAAGCGAAAGGGCACGAGGGAGAAGCCGAAAGGCUUUCUUGAGAGCACCUCCUGGGGGCACUGCUUAUCUCAUCUCGCGUAGAUGAAGCCUGGGCAGAGGCACAGCCAUGCCUGGGGUGACCCUUGCAAUCUCACUGCAGGUCACUGGUGCCCGUUACUCUUUGACUGUUGCAGGACUCAGGAAAGAAGGUUUAAGAUCAGGGCGCUUGAGUCCUAAUCACCUUUAGCCCCUAUUUUCUGGUUCGCAGAUGCUGGCUUUCUAAUAGCUGAUCACUGAAAAAAGAAAGAGGGAAAUAAAGGCGAAGCCACUAGAAGCAGCUGGAACAUUUUGUGGACUCCUUGCCCCUUGAACGGGUUUUCCAUCCAUAAAGCCAGGGUCCCAACGACCGAAGGCAGGAAUCCUGUGACUUUAUUUUCUUCCUGCCACAUUUUAGACACUGAACCUCGGUCUCCAUUGUGUGCUAUUUAAUACUGACAUUCUGGGUAGGUUUUUUUUGGGGGGGUUGGUUUUUUGCAAUGUAACUGCGCAUGCUCAGAAAGGGGAAGCCAGUCCAAGAUCCCUAACGCCGUGCAGAACAAACCGCAGGCCACGUUGCGGAUCCGCUUACAGCUGCCCUCAUUUCUGCACUCGCUGGUCUCCGCAUGCAGUUUCUCCUUUCAAACGCCAGGUGGAGUGGUUGGCCGGAUGCCUCAACAGAGCUGGCAGGCGGCGCUGUGGCACCUGGGCCGACCCUCAACGUUGCUAUCACUCUAUCCUUGGUGGAGCGACUCGUUAGUCCAGGCCGCACAUGCGCCGAGGCUUCCUUUCGCUAUCCCCGCCCCCUCCCCGCCCCUCUCUGUCUUCUCUGCCCUGGGAGCAGGUAAGGCCUUGGGCCCUCGUUCCCGCGUUGCGCCGCGCACGCGCGUGGGCUUCCCCCCCUUGCGCGGAUGCUCUGAGGCCCUUACCCUUGCAUGCUCCCGCCCCGGCCCUCAUGCCCUCCCUUGCCGCCGGUAUCCCCGCGCCUUGGGACGGCCCCUUCCGCGUGCCGGUGACCUCCAACCGCGCGGGCCUGGCGCCAUCUUGGACGUCUCGUGGCUGGGGCGGGGGGAGGGCGCCUCUUCGGAGCUGGCGAAAGUCGGAGCCGCAGUGCGCCUUUCACCUGACCGGGCUCAUCUUUUCAAACCCUCUUUUCUUUCCCUCGUGCCCUUUCAGAGCUGUCACAACGCCCGGACUCUCCUUAUCUUUGCUUUUUUUCUUAUCCUCAAUCGUGCCUUCCUAAUCCUGUAACCUCCAGAUUUUGGUCCCCUGAACUCAGGUGCCGAGCAAUGGAAAUAGUGGCUCGGCUAGAGCCACCAGUCCUUUUAGUCAACACCCCUCAAUUUAAAACGUAAGCUGUGGAAACGGUAGAAAGGAAUAGAACAGCCAAGACAUUCCCUCCCUUCAGGCUGUGUCCCGGGAGAGCUGUGGCAGGACAGAGAGCCUGGUUUCUUUGGCACCAGUGGUUAUCUCCCAGUCCUGUUCUCGUCCUUCCACCGCGGUGAAGAUGGGAAAAACAUAUGAGUCGUGGGCUAAUAGGUUUUCCGUUAGAGGCAGCAGGCCCAAAAUGGUGCGGUGGGGCCAGCAUGGGAUAGUAUCCACCUGCCAGCUUUCCUGUCCAAGGGUUUACUCAGAGUCCCAAGAUUCUGUCCUCAAGAGGAAAAAAAGAUUGCGAGAAACGAUUAAGUCACCUUCCCUGUAACCCCCUGUCUGAUCGACACUGGGGAAGAAACCCAUCGUGGUUUAGACCUCUGAAUCUGGGUAGUGCCUUUGCCCAAAGUGUUACUGGUUAACAAGUGCAGACUUGGCUAAGGUUGGGUCGUCGGUAGCUGGAUCUCUGGUUCAUGCAACCUCCUUCAGCUCCACAUCAAGCUCUUUUCAAAUGUUAUUCCAGUUAAUUCCCCUAGGAACUACGUUUUUCAAAUGAUUAUUAAGGUUUUGCUGCCUUGGGAAAAAACAGUCCUCCUUUAUUUUUUUUAACUAAUUAUUUUUGGCUGCACAUAUGGAAGUUCCCAGGCCAAGGACUGAAUCUGAGCCACAGCUGCAACCUACUCUGCAGUUGCAGCAGUGCCAGCUCCUUAACCCAGUGUGCCACAACAGGAACCCCCCCCUUUUUAAAGCUUUAAAGGAAUUUUGGUUUUUUGACCCAAGAAAAUCUGAAUAGGAGUUCCCAAUGUGACACAGCAUGUUAAGGAUCCAGUGUUGCUGCAGCUGUGGCUCAGAUUCGAUCCCUGGCCUGGGAACUUCCAUGUGCCACAGGUGCAGCUAAAAAGAAAAAACAAAAGCAAUAGACUGGCAGCAAGAUUGGGUUAGAGUUACACAGAGGCAGAAAUCAGGUUCUAGACCGGACAAGAGUUGAAGACAUCUGUUAACCUAGAAGUAACUAAGAUUCUGGAUUCAGAAGCAUAAUUUCGGAAGAUACUAGUCCCACUCAUUUAGGAAGUGUCGUUUAACAGGCCUAAGUAAUUGCUGAGUAUUUCAACCUGUAGCAUAUAAGAAGGCAUUAAGAGUGACAAGAGUUCAAGCCUUGGCUCUGUCACUGCCAUGGUUUCAAGACUGGUCUUAGGACCAUGCUCUCGGUAUACCUAAGCUUGAUUGAAAUACAGGGCCUUUUGCCAAGAGAUCUUGACCCAGAAGGUCUAAAGUGAGACCUAAGAAUAUGCAUUUUGGUACAUAACACCAUCCCUACCUUCAGAUAACUAGUUUAUUUGGGGCUCCAACUUUACUUGGAAAAACCCUGCCUGUAGGUCUUUAAUUCAGCCACUAUUUCUUGGAUGAGUUCAUUUCUACCAGUUUAGGCACCUGUGUGGUGUCAGCAUUGUUUUGGACCUUGGGAAUAUAAAACUGAAUACCCCUUAGUGGGAAAUGAUUGUGAAAAUAGUUUCACAGGCAUUGCUAAUUAGAAUAAUGGCAGAGUUCCUCGUUGAUCAGCCUCAUCUGGUUAACAUAGGCAAUUAAGUGUCUUGAGGAAUCAAACACUUAGAGAUAAUGCAGUAAAAAGAUUGUUAGGACCCUUUCAAUGCCUUGGCCUUUAGCAGAUAUCUUCGGAGAUUCUUCAGAGGGAAACUUAUUUAGGCCCCGGGCAAUGAAGUCUUGAGACGGGUUCCUUUUGAGUAGGAGACUGAGGGAGUCUUAGGCAAAAGAUGCUGGGGAAGUUUGACAACCCCAGCUCAUGAGGCUGUGGAAAAGGAUAGCAGAUCUUAAAGCCGGGGCCAAGUGGCUUCUUGUUUAGACCGAGGAAAAUCACUUGAUUGUAAGGAAAUCUUGGAAGCUGUCUGGAGGAAGUCCUGACUUCAGGGUUCUAAUUCCAUCUCUGCUAAAUAUUGAGCUCUCCUGCCACAGUCCCUCAUCCCCUGAAAAUGUAUGCUUGUGCCAGGUUUGUCUCCACUCCCGCCUUGAUCAGGAGAACCUCUCCACUGUUGAGCCGAUCACUGUCUGCAGUGGUGCUGAAACGACCAGAGGCAUUGACAGAUGAGAGUCACAGCAGCUUGGCAGCCCCACGUCUCCUGACCACCUCACUUAUUCCUAGCCGCAGCUUCCAAACCAGUGCCAUUUCAAGAGACAUUGACACAGCAGCCAAGUUCAUUGGAGCUGGGGCUGCCACAGUAGGAGUGGCUGGCUCUGGGGCUGGAAUUGGGACUGUGUUUGGGAGCCUCAUCAUUGGUUAUGCCAGGAACCCUUCUCUGAAGCAACAGCUCUUCUCCUACGCCAUUCUGGGCUUUGCCCUCUCGGAGGCCAUGGGGCUCUUUUGCCUGAUGGUGGCCUUUCUCAUCCUCUUCGCCAUGUGAAGGAGCCGUGUCCACCUCCCAUAGUUCUUUCUCCUGGGUCUCAUCUGCCCCGUGUAUUCCUUUUCUUGUACCUCCCCAGGCAGGCUGGGGAACGUGGUUGGCUCAGGGUUUGACAGAGGGAAGACAAAUAAAUACUGUAUUAAUAAGAUG